GAUGCUGAAGCCAGGCGGGCCGGCUCAGUAAAGCGGAGGCAGCGGGGGAAGAUGGCGGCGGCCGUUCCGCAGCGGGCCUGGACCGUGGAGCAGCUGCGCAGCGAGCAGCUGCCCAAGAAGGACAUUAUCAAGUUUCUGCAGGAUCACGGUUCAGAUUCGUUUCUUGCAGAACAUAAAUUACUAGGAAACAUUAAAAAUGUGGCCAAGACAGCUAAUAAGGACCAUUUGGUUACAGCCUAUAACCAUCUUUUCGAAAGUAAGCGUUUCAAGGGUACUGAAAGUAUAAGUAAAGUGUCUGAGCAGGUGAAAAAUGUGAAGCUUAAUGAAGAUAAACCCAAAGAAACCAAGUCUGAAGAGACUCUGGAUGAGGGUCCACCAAAAUAUACAAAAUCUGUUCUUAAAAAAGGAGAUAAAACCAACUUUCCCAAAAAGGGAGAUGUUGUUCACUGCUGGUAUACAGGAACACUACAAGAUGGGACUGUUUUUGAUACUAAUAUUCAAACGAGUUCAAAGAAGAAGAAAAAUGCCAAGCCUUUAAGUUUUAAGGUUGGGAUAGGCAAAGUUAUCCGAGGGUGGGAUGAAGCACUCUUGACUAUGAGUAAAGGAGAAAAGGCUCGACUGGAGAUUGAACCAGAAUGGGCUUAUGGAAAGAAAGGACAGCCUGAUGCCAAAAUUCCACCAAACGCAAAACUUAUUUUUGAAGUGGAAUUAGUGGAUAUUGACUGAAAUUGUUAAGAAACCAUCAACAAUAAAACAUGGCCAUGAAGAAACUUAUGUAUCUAAUUAGAGCUGGUUACUAUUGUUAAGUGAAGAGUCAACUGGAAAAUUCAAGUUAGAACAUGUUUACUUGAUCCCUCGACUUUUAAGAAAUGUAAUCCAUUAUAAACCCUUGAACUUUAAAAUAUUUUACUACAGUUGUGUAAAAUAUCACUUAAAGAGGACUGAUUUGCCUUUUACCUCAUGUUGUAAACUAAAAGGCUCAAUAAAAUGUAUUCAAUGUCUUGA